CCUCUCUCUCAAAUUGACCAAUCAGAUGGCAGGAACCGGAGCUUUAAAUAUGGCGACUUGUUUGCGUUUCUUCAUUCUUUCUCUAUGCAGCAAAAUUCAUUGAUAUUUGAGCGAAAAAGAAGAAUUAAAAAACUUGAAAAUUAUAUAUCAUACGCGGAUCAGCCAUGAGCCAUUUCCAGUUUGAAUCCGGUAUCGAAGACUGUUUGGAAAAGCUUAGCGCACCGCUAGCAAGAGUUACAACUCCUCGCUGGAAGAGGAAAAAGAACAAUAGUUCAGCCACCAUUCCACUGUCUCCGUACAAUGGAAACAGAAUGCUGAAAACACCGUGUAAAUCUCCAAAGCGAAAGACGGGCAAGACACCAUUGAAGACACCGAGGACGUCGAGAAAGACGCCUCAUAAAACGCCUGGUAGAACAACGCCGCUUGUUGAUCGAUUCAUACCUAGCAGAAUUUCUAUGGACAAUGAUAAAAACUAUUUCCAGCUUGUCAGUGAAGUAGACAAAGGUAUAAGGGAGAAUGAACUCAGUCCCGAGGCUCUUGAAAAAGUACACUAUGAGAAAGCUGUGAAAGACAACUUGGAAAAUGAAUCCGAUUCAAGAAUCCUCCAUUUUAAACAGAAAGCUCCUGCUGCCCGAGAUGGUUACCAGAACAAUCUUCGUGUUGUUUAUUGUCAAAACCGUGGAUCAUCCAAACUAAAAAGCAGUCGAUAUAUCUGCAAAGUUGCUGAAAAGAUUUUAGAUGCUCCUGGUCUUUUGAAUGACUUUUAUUUGAAUUUAAUUGACUGGGGUUCAAAUAAUUGCAUUGCAAUUGGUCUGGGUGCUGGUGUAUACAUUUGGAACUAUGAAACACAAAUGACAAAACAUUUACUGGAAAUACCAAAUAAUGAUUAUGCAUCAAGUGUAUCUUGGGUGAAGGAAGGCAAUGUUCUUGCAAUUGGUAGCAGUGACACUUGUAUUCAACUUUGGGAUGUUGAGAAAGAAAAAUGUUUACGAACACUUGCUGGUCAUGCUGGAAGAGUGGGGUCUUUAGCAUGGAACUCUUGUAUUCUUUCAAGUGGUGGACGAAAUGGAAAGAUAAUUAAUCAUGAUGUAAGAAUUGCAGAACAUGUUGUGUCAACACUUCAUGAACAUACACAGGACGUAUGUGGUCUAGCAUGGUCACCAGAUGGUCGCAUGCUAGCUAGUGGUGGCAAUGAUAAUCUUGUGAAUAUAUGGUCACCACUUGUUGGUCAAGCUCCUUUGCACUCUCUUACUCAUCACCAAGCUGCAGUCAAGGCUGUAUCCUGGUGUCCAUGGCAAAGCAAUGUGUUAGCAAGUGGUGGUGGCACUGCAGAUCGCCAUAUAAGGAUGUGGAAUGUAACCACUGGAGAAUGUAUUAAUAGUAUUGAUACGAAGUCACAGAUAUCCAGCAUAUUGUGGUCGAAAGAGUACAAAGAACUUGUUACUGGACACGGUUUUUCUAUGAAUCAACUGAGCAUCUGGAAAUAUCCAUCGAUGACGAAGGUAGCUGAUUUGGUCGACCACAGUGCUCGCGUAUUGUGUACGAGUUUGUCGCCAAGCGGAGAGCAUGUUGCUUCGGCUGGAGCCGACGAAACGCUCAGAAUAUGGAAAUGUUUUGAUCGAAGUCAGCUGAAAAAGAAGUCUGCGGCUGGUGGACUGGUUAAGAAGACAUCAAAAACGAAUCUCAACAUGAUUAAUAAGAUCAGAUAAGCGGGGACGCGAAAGGUCAAUGACGGUUACCUCGAAUGAUGAUCGUGAAGUGAUCCCAGCGAACGGGAUUGUGAUCAGUCUAUACCGAACUCGAAAGCAUGCAUAUGCAUGUCAGUCUCCAGAGUAGGAGUUGACCUUAUCGUAUGUAUGAGUAAGGGCUGUCAUAAUACACUAUAAUAAUACCGAAAAAUACUAUAUAAUAUGACUGCCUUGUACCAAGUGACUUUGUAGUAGCCAUUGUUAAGUACAAGGCAUUGACAUCGCAUGGUAUGCAUGUUUCAAAUCAAUUGCAGCUAGACAAAAAAAAGCUCUUAUGAAUGAAGUUACCUGCGAUCAUGCAGGUACUAUCAAAUACUCUAUUGUAUAGAGAGGUAAUUGCUACCAAGUUUAUAAUUCCACAUUGAAUUAUUGUUGGAAAAUU